CGCGGGCAGACCUGCGACAGCGGCGGCGGCAGUUAGAGCGCGGGGUGGGGGGUGGGGGGGAGGGAGAGCCCUGCCAGCGGCGGCUGCCCAGGCUCGGAACUCGGGGAGAGACAGCGAGAAGUAGGAGCAGGAGGAGGAGGAGAGAAAGAAGAAGGAAAGGAAGGAGGAGGAAGAGGAGGAGAAGCGGAGGAGGAGGAGAGGAGCUGGGGAGGCGCACUGGUCGCUCGCUGUCAGUGGGCAUUGGAGACGCGGUAUGCCCCUGGCAGGGAAGAGCGGGCUGUCCUCAGCAGGGCCAUGGGGACCAGCGCUCUGACAAUGCCUGGGUGAGAGGAGCACCGCCAGCCACCCCGCCACCUCCACCAUCACCUCCUGCACUCAAGCUCACCACCGGCCACCAGCCCCAGCCACCUCCGACUGCUUUUCUCUCUCUCUCUCUCUCCCCCUCUCUCUCUGUACUAUUGUUUCCUACUCUACAGAGGAUGGGGUCGGCUGAUGAUUAGGUCGGAAGCAAGUGAGAUCUUCCUCCAAAGCCUGGUAAUAUUUAUGUAGGCAAAUAGAGAGGGAGAGAGAGACAGACAGAGGGAGAGGGGGAGAGAGAGAAAGAGAGAGAGAAGAAACGGGAGGAGGGGAUAAGGAAAUUAAACCCUUUAAGUCAAUGCAUAUUGUGGUGACACCGGCACACGAGCCCUCACGGUGGAGUCGGCCCGGGCUGUGCGUUCCCAAAAUAUGACCAGGGGUGCUUGGAUGUGUCGGCAGUAUGACGACGGCUUAAAAAUCUGGUUGGCAGCACCCCGGGAGAACGAGAAACCGUUCAUCGAUUCAGAGAGGGCUCAGAAAUGGCGACUGUCUCUGGCAUCUCUCUUGUUUUUCACAGUCCUGCUCUCUGAUCACUUGUGGUUCUGCGCCGAAGCCAAGCUGACCCGGACCCGGGACAAGGAGCAGCAUCAGCAUCAGCAGCAACAGCAUCAGCAGCAGCGGCAGCAGCAGCAGCGGCAACGCCAGCAGCAGCAGCAACAGCAGCGGCAGCGCCAGCAGGAGCCCUCCUGGCCCGCACUCCUGGCGAGCAUGGGGGAGUCCUCGCCAGCCGCCCAGGCACACAGACUCCUCUCCGCCUCCUCGUCCCCCACUUUGCCCCCCUCCUCUGGAGACGGCGGUGGAAGCAAGGGCGAAGGAGGCAAAAACAACCGGAGCAAGGCUCUUUUUCUAGGAAACUCUGCCAAACCCGUGUGGCGCCUGGAGACUUGUUACCCCCAGGGCGCCUCCUCGGGCCAGUGCUUUACUGUGGAGAGCGCGGAGGCGGUGUGCGCCAGGAACUGGAGUCGGGGGGUGGCAGCUGGGGGGGCGGAGCAGCAGGUGAGGGGGACGCAUCCAACUCCACUCUGGAACUUGUCGGAUUUUUACCUUUCGUUUUGUAAUUCCUACACACUUUGGGAGUUGUUCUCGGGGUUGUCAAGUCCCAACACUUUGAACUGUAGUCUGGAUGUGGUGCUCAAGGAGGGUGGCGAGAUGACCACUUGCAGGCAAUGCGUCGAGGCGUACCAAGACUACGACCACCACGCUCAGGAGAAGUACGAAGAGUUUGAAAGUGUGCUCCAUAAAUAUUUACAAUCGCAGGAGUACUCGGUGAAAUCCUGUCCUGAAGAUUGUAAGAUUGUCUACAAAGCCUGGCUGUGUUCCCAGUACUUUGAAGUCGCACAGUUUAACUGCAGAAAGACAAUUCCUUGCAAGCAAUACUGUUUGGAGGUUCAGACGAGGUGUCCGUUUAUAUUGCCCGACAAUGACGAAGUCAUCUACGGGGGACUCUCCAGUUUCAUCUGCACAGGCGAAGGUGAAGUUUACCUUUGAAUGCCUAAGAAGAAAUGAAUAUUGGCUCUACGAGACCUUUCUAACCAAUGAUGAACCAGAAUGCUGUGAUGUCAGAAGAGAAGAGAAAUCAAACAACCCAUCCAAAGGGAAGGUGGAAAAAAGUGGCUCGUGUCACAGGACGUCGCUCACAGUUUCCUCAGCAACAAGACUGUGCAACAGCAGACUCAAACUGUGUGUUCUGGUACUGAUUCUCUUACAUACAGUUCUCACAGCCUCAGUAGCACAGAACACCACAGCGCUGAGCUUCGGAGGCAUCAACACGCUGGAGGAAAGCUCGACCAAUGAGGAGUAACAGCAGAAGGACAAAGUGUCACCAGAGCGGCCACUGGCCCACCAUGAAAAUGUAACUGCUGUCCGAUGUAACAGAGACUGGGUGCUUUUACCCUCCAAUCACUUCUCGCAAGGCCUUUAGGGUAACGUUUAAAAAGAUGGGCCUGAAUCCAAACAAGGACACAAACACAGCUUUUUAUUGACUAAAAGGCUGUCAAGUGACUUCAAUUUCUCACACCAUUUUAUACACUGUGUUUUAAUGUUUGGAGGUUUUAUUUGCUUUGGUUUUGGUUUUGGUUGAUUUGUUUGUUUAUUUUUGCACUUGUUAAUACUGAUUUAUUUUGGGGGAUGCUUUCUCAGAGGUAAACUAAGUCUUUUCACUGUCUAUAUAUUUCUAGUCAUAGUGUGUGUUCAUCAGAUAGUUUUGUCUCUAUGUCCUGUCAGUUUCUAUUAGAGGAAUGACUGCUAUGACCUUGUGGUAUAGCAAAAAACAACAAAAAAAAUCAUAAAAAAAGAAAAAAAAGACAAAAAAAAGAAAACAACAAAAAUAAAAAUAAAAAAGUCCCUAACUCUCCCUCCUGCCUUGGGAACCAGUGCCCUUCCCGGCCUUUCCUCCCCUGGCCCUGUUCUCUCCCCUAAGCAGACAACAUCCGCUUGCUUCUGUCCCUGUGGCCACAGUGACUGGGCGCACAUGCUCUGGUGGGCCUCUGAGCUGCUGUUGCACAAACCCGCAACGGACCAGACAAGGGGGUUCCUUUUAGCUGAACAAACAAGUGUUCCCCAUAAUAGGUGGAAUCAGUUUAACACAUGUUUAUGUUAAAAACAAAAUAAAAGCAAAGAAAACUACCAUGAACUAUGUUGCUCCAGCUUCCAUUCCCCAAGGCCCCCAGCCCUUUCUCACCGGUCAUGUGGCUCCAAGUGGCCAGCUAGAAUCAGGGAGAGAAGAGACAGUAAGUCCUUCCUGGAAGGUGGACUUUCAUUGUGAUUUCAAUUCUGUUGCAGUAACCUAGGAGCCCAUGUUGGCCUUUGUAAUGAGAACAAAGAGGCUGCAACACAAAUCUGGACUUCUUUCUUCCCCUUUAUUGUUGUGGAGGAGAUAGUAGAGAUGCUCAAACACCUGCAGUAUGCAGAAUAUACACAAUUUUACUCCAGUAUUUCCCCAACAUAUGGUUUUAAAUUAUUCUACUA